AUGAAGGGCUCCCGGGCCACCAGCGGUCCCUCCGGCGCCCCCGAGGGCAGCUCAGAAGGGGUGGACCUGAGCCUGACCGGCCUCCCUCCACCUGUGACCUGGCGCCCCAACAGUGCCUCCACCGCCAAGCCCAUCGCUCGCUCCUUCUCCGUGGUCACGGGCAGUGAGCCGAGGAGGAAGGUGCUGGUGAGUGAGGGGCCUGGAGGUUCCCGAACCAUUAACAACCUUCGUAGAUCUAACAGCACCACGCAGGUCCACCAGCCGCCAACCAGCCAGGCCUGGACUGGCCCCUUCAGGCCGGCUGGGCGCCCCCACUUCCUGACCCUCUUCGAGGGCAGCUCUGCUGGGACAAAGAGGCUGGCUGGUCUGAGCAAGGCUCCCAGCGAGAAGGGAGCCACAUGGAACGUCCUGGAUGACCAGCCCAGGGCUUUCACUUUGCCACCCGACUUCCAGAGUCCUAGCACCGUCGACGCACCGGUGGGCCCACGGAAGAGGGAGUGCACCAUUCCUCUGGCCCCCAACUUCACUGCCAACAACAGGAGCAAUAAGGGCGCCGUGGGCAACUGCGUCACCAGCAUGGUGCACAACCACUACACCCCCCCGGACAAGGCGCCGCCCCCCAAGAGCUCCAACCACAUGGCUCCCUCCCUCAACAAUAUCCUCAAGGCAGCCACCGGUGGCAGGGAGAGCAGCAGCUCUGCGAAGCCACACAAGAACUUGGCCGGCAGCAGCCACAUGGCCCAGAACAACGCCGGGGGCGCCCUGGGCCCGCUCAGACGGAAGGAGGUGACAGAGGAGGAGGCCGAGAGGUUUAUCCACCAGGUGAACCAGGCUGCUGUCACCAUCCAGCGAUGGUACCGCCAGCAGGUGCGGCAGCGCCGAGCCCGAGCUGCCCGUCGAGAGCACCUGCUAGCACCCAAGCAGGAGGAGCAGCGGCAGCAGCUGGGAGAGGGGCUCCUGGGCCUGCACCAGCAGAAGGAGGCGGCCAGGAGGAAGGUCCGGGAGGAGAAGGCACGCCAGGCCAGGCGAGCGGCCAUUCAGGAGCUGCAGCAGAAGCGAGCCCAGAAGUCAGGUGACUCUGAGCCUGGGCUGCUGAAGGAGGCCUGGGAGAUGGAGAAGCCCCGGCCCGCCCGGGAGCCAGCCCCCAGACCGGGGGGCACCGCUCAUGCCCCGCAGACCCACAAGGCCAACAACGCCGGGGCUGGCUUCCGAACCGCGGGCCCAGAGGACCCCUGCCAGUCUGCUUCCAACUCAUCCCCAGAGCCCCGGAAAUUUCCAGAAGACAAGCCUCAGGAUGCCAGCUCCCGGGGUGUGGCCGGUGAGGAUCUGGAGGUGGUGGGUCCCGCCAGGGGCAGGGCCAAGUCCAGGGCGACCCUGGAUGAGCUGCUGGACACGCUCAAGCUGCUGGAGGAGGAGCCCGAGCCACUGCCCUGCCCCAGGGCCUACCACAAGGACAGAUACUCCUGGACCGACGAGGAGGAUGAUGCCAGCUCGCUGACCGCUGACAACCUGGAGAAAUUUGGAAAGCUCAGCACAUGCACCGGUCCCCCUGAAGAUGGGACUUUGCUGUCCGAGGCCAAGCUGCAGAGUAUCAUGAGCUUUCUGCACGAGAUGGAGGUGGAGAAGUCGGGGCAGGACCGGCCAGCCUCAGCCCCCCAGGGGCUGGUGUCACAGGAGGGGUGCCUGGAGCUCGCGUCCAUUGGGAGCGCAUCUGUACUGCGGCUGAAGCUGGAGGUGGAAGAGAAGAAGCAGGCCGUGGGGUUGCUGCAGAGAGCUCUGGUGCAGCAGCGGGACCUGACCGUGCGGCGGGUCAAGGAGACCAAGAAGGAGCUGGGCCGGCAGCUGCGCCAGCAGAGGGACCACUACGAGGCCACCAUCCAGCGGCACCUGGCCUUCAUCGACCAGCUGAUUGAGGAAAAGAAGGUGCUGGCCGACAGGUGUGAGGCUGCGCUGGCCGAGCUGAAGCAGGGGAGCGACAGGCAGAAGGACAGGGAGGCCCAGGUGCAGGAGCAGCACGAGCUGGAGAUUAAGAAACUCAAAGAACUAAUGAGCGCCACCGAGAAAGUCCGCAGGGAGAAAUGGAUCAAUGAGAAAACCCGAAAAAUCAAGGAGAUCACAGUCCGAGGCCUGGAGCCUGAGAUCCAGAAGCUGAUCGCCAAGCACAAGCAGGAGGUGAAGAAGCUCAAGAGCUUGCACGAGGAGGAGCUGCUGCAGGCGGACUCGCGGGCGGCCCAGCGCUUCGGGCGCCAGGUGGAGGAGCUUCGGGAGCAUCUGCAGCGGGAGAAGGAGGCGCUGGGCCAGCAGGAGCGGGAGCGCGCCCAGCAGCGGCAGCGGGCGGAGCUGGAGGAGCUGCGGCAGCAGCUGGAGGAGAGCAGCGCGGCUGAGGGCCGGGCUCUCAGGGCAGAGUUCGAGAAGGGGAGAGAGGAGCAGGAGUACCGGCACCAGAUGGAGAUGAAGACCCUGAAGGACCAGCUGGAGGCCGAACGACAGAUGUGGGAGGCCAGCUGCGCCAAGAAGGAGGAAGCAUGGCUACUGAACCGGGAACGUGAGCUGAGGGAGGAGAUCCGGAGAGACCGGGAUAAGGAGAUCGAGCUGGUUAUCCAUCGGCUGGAGGCCGACAUGACGCGCGCCAGGGAGGAGAGCGAGAGGGCCGCAGAGAGCCGCGUCCAGCGCAUCCGGGACAAGUACGACACGGAGCUUUCAGAGCUGGAGCAGUCGGAGCGGAAGCUGCAGGAGCGGUGCACCGAGCUGAAGGGGCGCCUUGGGGAGGCAGAGGGGGAGAGCGAGCGUCUGCAGGGCCUGGUGCGGCAGAAGGAAAAGGAGCUGGCCCACCUGACGACGGUGAACGAGCAGCUGGUCAGCGAGAGGGGCGGCCUGGCCGAGGUGCUCCGCCGGGAGUUCGCGGACCAGCUGGCAGCCUCCAAGGAGGAGACCCGGCGGCUCAGGGCCGAGCUGGCCGAGCUGCGGGCCCGCCAGAGGCUGGAGCUGGAGCAGCUCACGCGGGAGAAGCAGGCCGAGCUACAGGAGGUGCACGGGAGGGUGAAGGUGGCCCUGGCGAAGAAGGAGGAGGCCGUGCGCAGCCUCCGGAAACAGCAUGAGGCCGCGGUGAAGCGGGCCGACCACCUGGAAGAGCUGUUGGAGCAGCGCAGGUGGCCAUUCCCGAGCGCCAAGUGA